AUGUCUGGACUCGCUGCGCUACAUUGCUCGACGUUUGCACAAGGCUUCAGCAACAAUCAACGCCAGGCUGCUGCCAGGGCACUACUUAGGCACGACGCUCACAUUGAUGGCACGCAUUAUCAUACCAAGACACUUUGUGGCCUUCAUCCCUCCUACAUAGCCUUUCACUCUAAUGGUCAAGAACUGGAGUCAGGGAGAGCGCUAUCUCCCAAAGAACUUAUUGCUAUGCAGGACCAUCUCGACGGUGGUAUAUCUCUGCUUGUUCGAUGUGCAGGUUCUGGAGUAGGACCGACUAUGUCACCCGAGAAAAUUCCUCUUGACCUGUAUAUCACGCCAUGCGAGCUGCAAGAAGUUCCUCAACAGAUUGGAGGAGAUGUCGUGGUGCUUGUACAAGCAUUCGCUCAAGAGUUUGCGAUACCGCAUCUCCAACGUUUUGCUAAGCGCUGUGCCAUUGAAAAUAUCAAACCACCUCAGUCUUUCCCUGCUACUCAUAUCAGUACAAAUGGACCACAGCACCUCCCAGGGCCUAUCGUGGCUACUGGGGCUCGCAUUGCAUGCUCUGCACAAGCACCAAAAACCUUCGAGAAGAAUCUGCAAACCUCAUCCGUUCCUGCUGCAGAUCCAAAGAAACCGGCAUCUGCAGCAAUUUCUGAAGGAAUCCAACUGGGGGCAAGUGUUGCAAAAGACAUGUUAACUCCACGUUCACAGAUUCGCUGGCGCCGAGCUGCUGAAGUCUUUGUUGCUGAUAGAGUCCCUGGCCCAAUCUUUUUGGUUCGGCCUGAAUUCGGUUACAAUGCGAUAAACUUUAGUCCUCCGCUCAUUAGUAUCGGUCCUAAUACCGAUGCUGCUCUUGAUCGGUUCAAACUGGGAGAUGAGCUCUUGCCCAAGCUCCGUGUGCUUGUUGGAACUGUGCAAAGCAGUCGUUGGGAGUUGGUUCUCAGGUCCCAGAAGUGGGAUCUGAGCUAUGAGCAAGCCUCUAUCUUGGCAAACGCCCUUCUUGCAGACCUUCAAGGGGUGCCGUUCAGCCCUGAAAUUGUGAAGCGCAAAUCUUCUGUGCUAUCCGUCAUUCUGAAGUGUCUUGGCAUUCUAAUCGUGAAUAAUUAUCUUGCAGUUUUUCACCGUGGCAUUAUGUCUAAGCACAAAUACAUGGUAUCUCCCUCCACCCACAAGAGCAGCGCCAGGCGCCGCAUGCAGCAACCUCGCAUCCAUCCAAAGGUUGUCAUAAGCAAAGAGGCCCAUGCUCUACUCACAGCCAACCAACGCACCAAGUCUCGUCAGUUCAAAAUCGCCCUUGAUGAGGCUUGGGGCCAGAUCGACGAGGCCACGAAGACUAUCGCUUCAGCUCACCAUAAAAGCAUUCGCCGUGCCAGCGAAAAUCGCAACCAAGGCAAAGGUGCACUUCAACAGCUCGUUCAUGAGCAUAAGGAUGAGUACCACAACCUUUCAAAGGACGAGCGGGCAGAUCUACUUAAAGAGUAUGCCGACUGGUCAUUAACAAAGGCUACUGGUGUGUGCACCUCCACCAAAUCGAAGGUCAACGAUAUCACUCAAACACUCAAGGCUGUCGAAAUUGAGCUUAAAAGUCUGCAAUGUCGUACAGGCGCAGAAAGCAUAUUCUAUACCACGCGCGGGUCGACUGAUCUUCCCCUUCGAAGCAUAGCCUUUGCGACUGAAGGCGUUCAGGACUUCAUGCCAUCUGUGAUGGGCGUCGACAAUCAAGAUCUACUUGGUAAGAUGGAAGGCUUUGCGGUUCAAGGUGUGAAAGGUGCUGCACAAAAUCACCAAGAGCGUGUGUCUCAAGCACGCGCAGCCAUCCGCAAUAUUAUCAACAGUACUCUUCGUCAGAUCACUGGCAACCCUGACGCCAACAUGCAAUGGGCACUUUAUUUCCGGAACAUUAUCCAACGCUACCAAGUCAUGAUAGAGGGGUGGCCUGACAAUAUUCCAUUCGCCAACCUUAGCCAAGUGUCUAGCGCCCUCCCAGAGCUCGACAGGCUCUUCCGGAGGUGGAAGUCGGGUGCGACGCACUGGAAGACUUUAACGGACAAGGAAUUCGAGAAAGUUCUCCAGGAGCACAAUGAUAAACUCGACCAUGGCGAGAUCGACGACCAUAGACGACGGACUCGAUCUGACAAGGGUAAGAAACGAAAGAAGCCCACAGCCAUGGAUUCUAGCUUGUGCGGCCGCAAGAAGUAUAAGAGUGCAGCUACUGUCGAAGACAGUGAUAAGGAGAAUGACGCUGAGGAAGAAGACAAUGACAAGCAUGAGGCUCGUGGCCAGUCCUCCGCACCCUCUGGCGCACCCUCUUGUCAUGCUUCCAACGCCACUCCAGCACCCUCUGGCGCACCCUCUGGCGCACCCUCUCACACACCCUCUGGCGCACCCUCUGGCGCACCCUCUUGUCAGCUGUCUGACACUACUUCCAACGCCACUCCCGCACCUCAUGUGUCUCGUGAUACUUGCUUCUCCACACCCUCUCCUCACUUCAGCAAUGAUUCUGACACUAAUAGUGCUCUCCUGGACUGUGAUGCUAUGUUGGAUAGGUUAGGCGAAAUCUUUGGAUCUACACAUCAAGAUGAAACAACGAUGUCUAUGAUUGCACCAUGA